CCACGUGUGCGCUUAGCUCCACAAUUCAUUCACAAGUUUCACAACAACCGUUGUUUGUGUUCUAGUUGAGUUGCAAAGUUUGGCCUUACUGUAAAAAGAAAAUAUGUGCAGCAGAGUUCUUGUUUAUGGAGGAAAGGGAGCGCUUGGAAGCAAGUGUGUCGAGCUGCUCAAGAAAAACAACGUGUGGGUUGCAUCUAUUGAUCUGGUUGCCAACGAUGCCGCUGAUUCCAACGUUCUUAUCACCAAUUUAACGUCUUGGACUGACCAACAAGAUGAGGUUGUUACAAAAGUUGAAUCCGCACUAAAUGGUAAUAAUGUUGAUGCCAUACUUUGCGUCGCAGGUGGAUGGGCUGGUGGUAAUGCCAAGUCUAAAAAUUUAGUCAAAAACGCAGACCUGAUGUGGAAGCAAAGUGUGUGGAGCUCGACAAUAGCAGCUCAUCUGGCAACAAAAUUUUUAAACUCUGGCGGGAUUCUCACUUUUCCGGGGGCAUUUGCGGGCACAGAGGGAACUCCUGGCAUGAUUGGAUAUGGAAUGGCAAAAGCUGCUGUUCAUCAGCUAUGCAAAAGUGUUGCUUCGCCAUCAAGCGGAAUUCCAGAAAAUACUACAGUAGUCAGCGUUUUACCUAUAACACUUGAUACUCCGAUGAACAGAAAAGGGAUGCCAGAUGCAGAUUUCUCAUCUUGGACUUCACUGGAUUUUGUUGCCGAACUUCUGCUAAAGUGGGCAAAAGGAUCCGACAGACCUGAAAAUGGGAGUUUAUUGAAACUGGUUACUGAGAAAGGAAAUACCAAAGUUGUACCAGUUUAACUGUUAACCGAUUUAAAAAUAAUAAAUGUUUUUGUUUGCUUGCUUGUUUUAUCUUUUAAUUGGUUAAGGGAUUAUACUCUUUCGUUGUACUGGUGAUUAUGCUGUUCUAGUCUUGUGGUUCCCAACCAAUUAUUUUUCGAUAAAUUUCUCCCUUGGCCUAUUUUGAAACUAUUGAUGUUCUCUUCACUAUGCAUAAGAAACUCUGGUCACAUUAUUUGUUCAAUCUUCAAUACAUUCUCAGCUAGUGUUAGACACAAGUGUGUCGUGUAUUACAAUAAUGCUGAAACCAAACAAUAUUAGGGAAAUUAAACAAAUACAAAGCAAUAUUUUUCUUGGUUUGGAAAUGCAGUUCUAGUGGAAACAUUUGCAAUAUAACUAAGUAGUGCCUUUUUAAUUGAAAUUUGUUUAAUAAGUUGUAUUUCGAGCAUUGUUUAUCAUGAUUUUGUAAUUGUAUUUGGUUGGGGAAUAGUGGUGUAAUCAUAGCGGGAGUUGAGUCUUUUUUCAUCUACACCCAAUUUUUUUAAACCCCAUACGUUUGUAUUUUGGAAAGCAUCAAAAUUGUGCUUAUUACUAAUUAAUAGAAACUAGCUCGUUUACUGAGUCUGAAGUUUUCCUUUAAACCAGGAAGGAAUGCAUUUUUGAAUGUGUCAGCAUCAUUCACAACUAUGGUACUUGCAUUCCUAUACCUGAUCUAUUCUGUGCUGUGAAAAUGCAUCCUGUGAUUUAUAUUAUUUGUUGCUGUUUGCAUUCAUAAUUUGUGUCUUUUGUGAACUUUCGACAUGUCAUUACUAUAUUACAAUAAUAAUAAUUGGGCAACAAAACUGGCAUGCAUGGUUUUAAACCUGCCCUGUUCAAUGUUAAUGUAUCAGAGUCUGAACAAUCAGUUUGCUCAAUGACCAUUCUGCGUAUUAAUACUCUAUAUGUCAGAACCCAUACAAACUAAUUUACUAUGCGAAAAUGGUUUGGCGAUUUGAAAUUCAGCCGCAAUAUUUCUUGAUUGCUACUUCUAGAGUUCCUAUAAUUGGCAUGUAGUUUUAUUUAGUGUAUGAUCCUAAAAUGAAGGUAACAUUUUAACCUUAACCUAAAAGUUCAUCUUUAGAGCGUUAUGCAAAUCUUGUGCAUGCAAAUCAUAUUGAAAUUAAUUUGGAUAAUUGUUUAUUUUUUGUUUGCUGUGUUGUUGCCAUUGUGAGUUUACAAAUGCAAUCAUGACUAUUCAAUACAAUUGUUGUUUAUUGGUGUUUUUGAUGCAAUAAAUAG